AUGGCUUCAAGGAAACUUAAGGGAGAGAGAAAAAUAGGUGAAAUAAGCUACGAACAAGAUGAAAACCUCUUGCAUGCACCAUCAACAAAGGCUAGAAGUAUCACCAUCAACAUUAGAACUCGAUCACUUUUAGCGGUAAAAUACAGUAAUUUACUAUCUUUCCCUUCUCAUAGCUUUGAUUUCCCAAAUAUGUUAAGUCUUCAAAAAUUAUAUGGUUUAGUUGGUGACCAUGGGUAUAUCUACCCGAAUAUGGUUCGGAAAUUUUAUCUGAACUUUAACCUUAUUCUGAGUCAAAAUGAUGGUGAAGAUGAUGUGAUAACUUCUAGAGUAAAAAAUGUCGAUAUUUGCUUGUAUGACUUGAAAAAUAAGAUUCCUAUUAAUUAG